CCCUCCACACUAAACUCAUCUGAUAAAACACCGAGAGCCGGAGGAAUCAAAGACGCCGACUACACGGUCGUCCGUUACCGUUGGAGCAUCACCACCGAUCCCGCAGCACGCCUCCAGCUCUCUCUUUAUCAAAGCAGGCAAACAAUAGCGACUGGAAGGGAUCGAGAGGAAUAUAUUACCCUCUUAACAGAACAAUGAACGCGGGCUGAAUUCUCAGGGCCCGCAGUGGAGGUUAAACUGAGCAGAGGGAAUUUGUUGGGUGGCAUCAAUGGCAUCGCAACUUAAACGUUCCACUCCACAGCACUAACACACCUGCAAAACGCAAAUCGUAAACCAUUAACAGUGGCCUCUUGCUGACCCCUCUCCAGUUGGGUCUGGAGUGGAGCGGCGUGCGGCCGAGAGGACCGCUAGAAGAUGAAGUCCAGUCUGAAACAGUGGCGGCGGCUCACCCUCGGCCUCAUGCUGGUCUGGGUGCUGGUGUUCCUGGCGCUCCUCUCCUACUUCAUGGAGUCACGAGUGGACGACCCACACUCCGCUGCCGCUCUCUCCUACACGGACACACGCCGCCUGACCUCACUGCAGGGCAACCCCCGCACCAUUAUGACCACCCAUUUAGGGCUGGCCGCCUCCUCCACCCCCUCGACCUCCAGCAACACCCAACAGGAGCAAAGCCAGGAGGAAAACCCCAGUGCCGACCCCCAACCUAGUCCGCUCAGCCAGGAGGCCUACCCUUAUCCUGACCUCCAGAGCCUGGCGGCCUGGUCCGCAUUUGGCACCCAGGACGUGGGCUCCAGAUCGGCUGCCGUGAGUCGCAACCGUGAGCGACAAGAGUACAACCAGGAUUCACCUCAACAGGAUGAAGAUGAGGAAGAGGUGUUGGGAGGGGAAGAGGAAGAUGAAGAAGAGGGAGAAGAGGGAGAAGAGGGCAGGAGGAGGACGACUAAACGGGCGAUAAGGCAUGAGGACUCUGACCAGGACGAGUACUACGUUCCCAAGUCAAAAUCUGUAGUGCACAGUCUGUGGAAAGGGAGUUUGUCCGUGGGCAUGCUCAGUCCACGCUUGCAGAAGGCUGUGAAAGACUACCUUAAUAAUAAUAAACACGGUGUGUCCUACAGGGGGCACCGGAAGGCGCAACAGAGCGGCCAACAGGUGUUGUGUGAGCUGAAAAAGAGGCAGAAGGUUCGAACUUUGGAUGGGGCCGAGAUGCCUUUCUCCAAUUUAGGCUGGCAGAAAAUUGUACCUGCCUUACCCUUAAGCCAGCUCUAUGGACCAGGCUUCCAGACCUGUGCUGUGGUCACCUCUGCCGGAGCCAUGCUCCACUCGGGACUCGGCAAGGAGAUUGACUCCCAUGAUGCAGUGCUGCGGUUUAAUACAGCUCCUACCAAGGGUUAUGAAAGAGACGUUGGGAAUAAAACCACCGUACGCAUCAUCAACUCUCAGAUCCUGGCAAAUCCCAAGCACCAGUUCAAUACAAGCUCAUUGUACAAGAAUGUAACGCUGGUGGCAUGGGAUCCUGCUCCAUACACCCUCAACCUGCACAAAUGGUACUCAAAUCCAGACUACAACCUGUUCACACCAUACAUGGAGUACAGGAUGCACUUCCCCGCACAGCCUUUCUACAUCCUGCACCCGAAAUACAUCUGGCAGUUAUGGGAUGUGAUUCAGGGUAACAAUCUGGAGAACAUCCAGCCCAACCCACCCUCCUCAGGGUUCAUAGGCAUCCUACUGAUGAUGUCCUUAUGCGAAGAGGUCCACGUGUACGAAUACAUUCCUUCACUACGGCAGACGGAUCUGUGCCACUACCACGAACGCUACUUUGACGCCGCAUGCACUUUAGGUGCGUAUCACCCCCUGCUCUAUGAGAAGAUGCUCAUCCAGCGCAUGAACGUCGGAUCAGAGGAAGACCUCAAACGGAAAGGCAAGGUCACGCUCCCUGGUUUCAAGAACGUCCACUGUGAGCCCUGAACAGAAAGACGCAAUAAUAGACUUUGUAAAGCAGAAGAGAUCUGCAGACUGACGCAGGACCACGCCGAGCCGGCUCUGAAUGGACCGUGUUAUGUAGACUAUGGUUGGUGUUCUGCGGGGCAAAACCUUCUGCUGUAGUUCACUCAAAAAUGCAUUUCCUGAGCCUAUGCUUAAAUAAAGAUGGUCAGAACAGCAAUAGACAUGUCGUGAGAAAAGCUUUUCUUUAGAUAUGUGGAUGUUCUUGGUGUUGAAAGCCAUCAAAAAUGUUUCUUUUUGUUAUUAUUUUUAAUUGAAACUCUGUUUUUCACAGGGUUGGAAGUAUUAGCAGUCACAGACACUGAAAGCUACACUGUCGAAAGAAAGUAUUCACUCAAAUACAUUUUAGCACAAAGGCUAGAUUUACUCUCUGAUUAAAAGUGAGCUUUAUCAAUCUGUUGAUAGAUUUUUUUUUUUCUAACAUAGACAGAUUUAAAGCUUCUCGCCAUAACAUGAAGAUUGUUUUUUUUGUAAAUUUGGUGUCGUUUUCUGCUGUUAUUUAUAUUGUGCCACAUACACAAGCCUCUUUGAGAAUAUUUUGCUCUUCCAGAACGUCUCAAAUGAAUCAAUAGUUUUUAGAGUACUUUACUGACAUGUACCUGUUACUGUACAAAUCGACUAAGGAGCUUUUGAAUGUGACCAUGGUUCAUUUUAAUUCUCCUAGUCGUUUUGUACUUUAUAGACAGGUGGUUUACAGAAAAUAGAUGUUGUUGAAUCAGGAUUUGAUUGUGUGUAUUAUGGACUCAUUGCAGCACUGUAAAUCUUAUCUGGGACUUUAUAUAAAGCUGCAGGCAAUAUAACAAGUGCAGUGGUGAUAUUAGUUGUUAAAUAUAAACCAAGGUUUUUAAUGUCUUGUAGCCCCUAAAACCAAGAGACUCCCGCUGGAGUCGUCUUUAAAAGCGAAUGACUUACCAGAGCAUCUUUGCGUUGUCUUCUCUUAAAUGUACAGUUGUUAAUUUUGAAAUAAUUCACUUUGUGGUGCGACUUUUCUACAGAAGGUAAAACUUGAAGGUUUAUUUACUCGUGUGCAUUGUUUCAAUGUGUGCCAUUUUAAUUAAAACGGAACACUUUCGCAAGCUGAUUUUUCUGUAGAUCUGGUGAGGAGAGCUAACGUCUGUUUUAAUCGCUGUUGUAUAUUGUAGAAUUAUACUAGUAAUUGGUGAUUUCACUCAGGAGCUCACGAUACUCUCACCAGGGUGAAAUACUUCAUCUUCCUUCUAGUCCUAUGGUAGGCUAAGGUUGUAAAGCAAAUAUUUGAUCUUUACUCUGUCCUGUUUCCCCAUGUUGGGGGAUUGUAGAUGUAGAGAAACUGAAAGUGACUUUUCAGUUUUUUUUUUUUUUUUUUUUUAAACUGUUGAAUACAAAAAAUGUUAGAGGUUUAGAGCCUCUGAACCUGUAGUGUAUCAUCAUCUCUAUAUGACUCAUUGUUGGAGCCGGCCGUGGUUGUCGUGCAUGUGUGACGUCACACUCCCCUCCACUCUGAGACAGACACAUAAUUAAAUGUUGUUGUUUUUUGUUAUUGUUUUUGGCCUUUUCGCCACUUUUUAUUGUCAAGGUAGUGGAGAAGACAGGAAAUGACUGGGAGGAGAGCAUGUACACUAUUGUUUCAAAGUUUGGAGUCAGUCAUGCUUUUUGAAAGAAGUCUCUUAUGCUUACCAAGGCAGAAUUUAUUUGAUGAAAAAUACAAUUACAAUUUAAAAUAACUGCUUUCUAUUUGAAUAUAUUAAAAAUGUAUAUUCCUUUGACACAACUGCAUUUUUAGCAGUUCUUAUCAAUGUUGAAAUCAGUUGUUCUGAUUUUUGUGGAAACCAAGAUAUUGUUGAAAACUGAAAGUUCAAAAGAACACCAUUUAUUUGAAAUAAUAAAUCUUUUGCAACAUUAUAAAAUGUCUUUACUGUCACUUUUGAUCAAUUAUAAGGACUGGUUCACACGUUCUUGUGGUGGAAACGGGGAAAAAAAAAACAAGGUCUAGAUAUGCUUUUUCUUUUCUUUUCUUUACUUUUUUUUAAUUUUUAAGUUGAACUACUUUUAACUUGAGCACCGCAUUUUUAGAAUGGCGGCAUGCUGCAAAAGACACGAGUGCAGUGUCUUUCUAGCGUGUUUCACAUAGAAAAACAAUGGAGAAGUAGCAUAUUGUCCUUGCUGAAUGUUUUUGUUGUUGGUUUUUUUUUUUUUUUUUAAAUGUCACUGACCCCAAACUUUAAACUGUUAGGCCAAGGCUCUCCCAGACAAUUUAUUUUUUAAUUCUACAUGAUGGCCAAAUGGUCAUGUGACCUAUAGAGGGACUAAAACUUUGCCUUCUACUUUCUCUUUAGUCUUUUAGGACUCUACGAUCAGAGGCAAAGUCGUAUGUCCUUCCUCUGUGAAUGUCUUUUCCUAAGCCUUUAACAAGGUGUUUUAGCGGCAUAAACUCUGUCUCUCAGACGGUGUGACGGGAGAUAUGGCCGUUUUAAGAGUAUUGAAGUUUUUUUCUGUAAAUUGUUUGGUUUUUAAUGUCAUGGGGUGAUAUGACUACUUUCGGGGAAGAGGGUGGGGGGGUGGGGCGUACAAUUCGGAGCAUGUGACAGAAAGCGGGGCUUGUUAGUAUUCAUGGUAAAUACCUUAAUGUUAGGAUUUAGCCUGUAAUGGGAAACAUGAGCUGGGUCUCUAGGUUUAGCUCUGUUUGAGCAUAUGAUCUUUAGGAUUGAGGAAAUGCAGGUGAUUUCACUGGCGAACCUCAAAGUUGUGUCAUAGAUGUGCACAGUAUGAUUCUGAGGACUGUGCCAAAUGUGCGGUUUUCCUGAGUUUGAGUGAGAAUGUUUGAAUGGUACUGUAUCUGUGAUGCUGUUUAUCUGUGCCAACUUUCCUUUUUGCAUCAUUUCCUUAAUUUAAUUAAUGUUUUUCCUUCUUAUAUACCUUUCCUUUUCAUAAAUUUAUUUUCUGUAUACCUUACCUUUUAUCUUUCUUUCUGUAAUUCUGCCCCACACCGACUUUUUAUUUUUUUUUAUUUAUUUUCCCAUGCUACGGUUAUAUUUUUGAAAGACUGUAAAUAUCUGCAAUUGUCUAUUACAGGCCAGUUCACAGGCCAUGGGAUGUUUUAUAAUGUUUCUUUCUCCCCAUGUUAAUACACAUUUGUCAUUGAGUUAAUUUUUAAACCACUACAUGUUUGUGUAUUCUUUUGACCAUUGUUUCUAUAAUAAAAGCUUGACCUUUACUUGACCCAGUAA